UGUAGUAGGAGAGCUAGCACGCAACAUAACAUUUCCAUACCGCUGGAGGUUAUUGGAACACCGUGAUUCAGUAGAGAGUGAAUGUGUUUGUUGCAUGAUACUUUCUUAAUUGUCACUAUCGUUGCGCUAGUAGUUACAAAACACAACAAAAACGAAGUUUAUCAGGUGCUAAAUUGGUGUACUAAGUACUUUUAAACUGCUUAAGUAGUUCCAGUUUUUGUGUCGUAUCGGCGGUACUUGGUGGGAAUAACUAAAGAGUCAAAAUGGGUUGGGGAUCGAAGUUGGAUGGAUGCGGAAAUUUUAUAAAAUACAGUUUGUUCAUCGUCAAUUUUAUAAUAUUUUUGGGCGGUGUUAUUGUUGUUGCAAUAGGAAUUUGGACAAUUGUUGACAAAUCGUUUGCAAAUGACUUACUGGGGACUAACUUGUACGCGGGAGCAGCCUAUAUUUUACUGGCCACGGGCAUUUUAGUAACGUUUAUAUCAUGCCUAGGAUGUUGGGGAUCAGUCAAAGAAGUCCGGUGUAUGCUGGUUAUAUACUUUAUCAUAAUUUUCCUAAUAUUCGUCACGAUGCUUGUUGGAGGAAUUUUGGGAUACGUUUUCCGUGGAAAGAUUGAUCAGACUAUCAGACUUGGAAUGGAAAGUUCUCUUCGUGAUUAUGGACAAAUGAAAGAAAUCACAAACGCCUGGGACGAAACUCAAACUAGACUGAAAUGCUGCGGAAUUUAUGACUACAAGGAUUGGCAGAAUAAUAUUCCUACAUCUUGUUGUAAACAGACAAGUAAUGGUAAUCGAGUCUCUUGUAACAGUGUCCUUGGCAAUAACGAAUUCACUAUUUACGAAAGAGGUUGCCUUAAUGUUACCAAAGAUUAUGUCAAGGCACAUGCUGUUGUUAUUGGCACCGCUGGAGUUGUCGUUGCAUGCCUUAUGAUCCUCGGGAUGAUAUUCUCAUGCUACUUGUUCAAAUCAAUAGAAUAAACUCCAACAGGUGCCAGACAGACGUACCUCAAAAAUGGAAACGUGAACCAGAUCUACCUAAAGUUCCCGUAUACUGUACUUAUUAUCCAAGAGACUUCAAGAUCAACGAAAAUAUUAUAUUUUUGAAUGACACACGUUUACAUAUUACAUAGCACAUUUUAGGAGAAUUUCUCACCAUCACUAUUCAUAUUAUUUGUGUUUGUAUUAAGACGGAAUCCCAUGGAAUGUGGCGUGUCACUCUUCGUCAAUUCACGUCGGCAAAGAGAAGUAGAACAUGGAUAAUAGUCAAAUGAAAAGAGACCACAAUUCACGCCCCGCGUUACUCUGAAAUUAAUGCCCACCACCAGUGCUGGCGGAAGAAUUUUAAUAAGUUAGUUAAUUCAUAUAAUCAUAAAAAUUCCAACACAACGUCUUUAGACCACUCCAUAGUAAAAUGACCACGGCACUGGCCGUACCAGUCUCUAACCGAGUCGGAAGGGUUGGAUAGGUACGUACCUGUUCUGUAUCAGCUUAUGACUUCCUUUGAACUGCGUUCAUUUCUCUUCCACCGAUCCAUGCCGGUCAUAAAUAGAGAGUCCCAUCCUAGCCCAAGUAUCGUAAAGCACAAAUUUUUAGUGAAAUAAUUAUAUUUCACGUUACGUUGAUUGCUGUCUUUAUUUUUUAUCUUUUUCUAUUACGUAUUUUCUAUUUCUCUUUACCUACCACGACACGUUCUAUGGGAUCUCAGAUUUAUAUAUUUACAUCGAUAUUAAUUAGAUAUAUGACCUUCCAUUCGUAAGAUCAGUUAUAAGUUACCAAGCAUAUGUAUUUAUAUUGGUGGGAUUUAAAUGUAUUUUAUUAUAUUAACAAAAUAUAAACCUUCAAGACAAUAAAGACAAAAUAAUGGUGAUUGUUACAGAUAUUAAAUAUUUACAGUACCUUUUUAAAAAUAGAUCAAUGUUGAGCUCUGCUUUUGACUUUUAAGAGCCCCUGUUUCGCUCCUACAUAUUAUUUAAUUAUAGGAGCUUUUCAUAUUAUUUUAACUUUUCUUUUUCCCCUACUUCUACAGGUAAGAUCAGUUCGGCAAAACUGUGUUUCAUUAUAUUUUCUCCGGGUAAUCUGUUUUGGUUAGUUGCUCUCCUCUAGUAGAAUAACAACGUUCCUCUUAAUCUUGAAAGAUUAUCAUUUCCACAAGGAAAAAGUUUUCCUGUAGUUCGCUGUAUAUCAUGUAGUACAAAAAACGGUAAACUCCUUUAUAAAAGGUAUAUAUUUAAAAUCCCUAAAAAGGGCUACAUCACGAUCACAUAACUAGUUUUCGAUUAUUUUACCAAUCAUCAUCAGUGCUUACCUAAAAUGAAUAUAACCUGGUAAAAUAAAGCAAAGAUUUUUAAAUUUUGAUUACGUUUAAGAAAAGUUGUAGGGUAUACACACGUGAAAUUGACAUGCUCACCACCAAGAUAUAACUUUAUAAAAAUAUGUGGGUCAAAGCCCUGUACAAGUAAUCCGUCAAGGAAACAUCGGUUGAAAAUGCUAACUUAAGCAUGGAUGUUCAAAAUAUUUUACUGAGGCAUAUUAGUAAAAUAUUUUAAACAUCCAUGCUUAAGUCAGUAUUUUCAAUCGAUGUUUCCUUGACGGAUUACUUUUACAGGGCUUUAACUCACAUAUUUUUAUAAAAUUAUAUCGUGGUGGUGAGCAUGUAAAUUUCACGUGAGUAUAACCUACAACUUUUCUUAACCGUAGUCAAAAUUUCAAAAUCUUUGCAUUAUUUUACCAGGUUAUAUUCAUUUUAGGUAAGCACUGAUGAUGAUUGGUAAACCAAUCGAAAACUAGUUAUAUGAUCGUGAUGUAGCCCUUUUUAGGGAUUUUAAAUAUAUACCUUUUAUAAAGGAUUUUACUGUUUUUUUAUUAUCAUUUCGUUUGCUUCAGGUCAACUUGAUUUUUUCUUAUUGAUGAUAUGUCGGAGAUUAUUCUAUUUUAUUUAUUUCAUUCGAAUAACGCGUUUUUAUUCAAUUUUUCCUUUCAUUGCAUGUAGUCUUCCAUGCAAGUGUUUCUCAUCUAACUUUUCUUUUUUUCCUUUCGGUGUCAUAUUAGAACUCUGUAACGGUGGCAAUUAUACAGGGUGUAACAAAAAUACAGGUCAUAAAUUAAAUCACAUAUUCUGGGACCAAAAAUAGUUCGAUUGAACCUAACUUACCUUAGUACACAUAUGCAUACAAAAAAAGUUAAAGUUACAAAAUGAAAAUCGAUUUUUUCCGAUAAUAUAUCGAAAACUAUCACAGAUUUUUUAAUAAAAAUGAUCAUCUGGUAUUCUUAUGGCAGGAACAUCUUAAAGAGAAAUUAUAGUAAAAUUUGUGAACCCCAUAAAGAUUUUAUGGGGGUUUUGUUCCCUUGAACCCCCCAAACUUUUGCGUACGUUCCAAUUAAAUUAUUAUUGUGGCACCACUAGUUAAACACAUUAUUUUUAAAACUUUUUUCCCUCUUAGUACUUUUUCGAAAAGCUAGUUUUUAUCGAGAUAUUUUGAAUAUUUGUCAAAUCCACCACAUAUUUGUAUACUGACAAGAGACCUAGUAGUUUAAAUGAAAAUUUAUUUAUAAAUUACAGUUUAAGAUAUAUUUUGAACUAUAUUAGAAAAGAAGCCAUAUCUCGAUAAGAGUGUCUUAUCAAAAAAAGACUAAGAGGGAAAAAAGUUUUAAAAACAUUGUGUUUAACUAAUGGUACCGCAAUAAUAGUUUAAUUGGAACGUACACAAACAUUUGGGGGACUUAAGGGCACAAAACCCCCAUAAAAUUUUUAUGUAAAUAUAUUAAAAAAGAAGCCGCAACUCGAUUAAGACUGGUUUAUCAAAAAAAUACUAAGAGGCAAAAAAGCUUUAAAAACAUUGUGUUUAACUCAUGGUACCACAACAAUAAUUCAAUUGGAGCGUACAUAAAAGUUUGGGGGGGUUUAAGGGAACAAAACCCCAUAAAUUUUUUAUGGGGUGCACAAAUUUUACUAUAAUUUCUCUUUAAGAUCUUCCUGCCAUAAUAGUGUCAAAUGGCCAUUUUCGAUAAAAAAUCUAUAAUAGUUUUCGAUAUAUUGGAAAAAAUCAAUUUUCAUUUUGUAACUUCAAAGGGCUACAACUUUUUUUGUAGGCAUAUUUGUACUAAGGUAAGUUAGGUUCAAUCGAACUAUUUUUGGUCCCAGAAUAUGUGGUUUAAUUUAUGACCUGUAUUUUUGUUACACCCUGUAUUAGCGAGUUGUUCACUGUCUUCAGUAAAUCGGAAUAUUUGUUCGGCAUUGCGCAUUCCUGUCCAAUCGCGAAUGAUCUUGAGCCAUGAGAUCUGCUUCUUUCCAAUUCCUCUGCAGUCCCCGAUUUUAUCUAUCAUGAUAAGCUAAAAGAUUCUCUACCGGUCGCUUCUAAGAAGAUGCCCUCGGUAUGCAAUUUUUCUUAUAUUUAUAAUGUUAGGUAACUCACGAACGUCUUUUCUCUAUUUAGUAAAGCUUAGUUGGUCUGAAUCUCGGUCGAGGAUAUUCGAUGCAUUAUAUGUAACCACAUCUCAAACGCUUCUAGGCGAUUGAUCAUAUCAGCGUUCAGAGACCAGGUCUCGAUGUCAUGUAAUAUCUUAUUACAAGAGAUUAAAAUAUAAUUAAAAAAAUCAAUGAGAAAUACCCAGUAGUUGGCUGUAUACCAUAAUUAAUAAUCAUACAGAACAAGUAAAAACUUCGUUUGUAUAAUGAUAUAAAAAGUUUAUUGAAAAACUAUUAAAAAUUCAUCCAAAAGGAUUCGCAAAAAGUUUUCGAUCUAGAUCAGAUCAUCUUCAGUGCCUAGAAUGAAGUAUGUCCACUUUUUGCAUUGAUUCUAACGUGGAAAUACUUCGUUUUAGGCACUGAAGAUGAUCUGAUCUAAAUCGAAAACAUUUUGCGAAUCCUUUUGGAUGACUUUUUACUAGUUUUUCAAUAAACUUUUUGUACCAUUAUACAAACGAAGUUUUUACUUGUUCUGUAUGAUUUAAAAUAUAAUUCUUUAUUAUAUGGUUUUUGAUCUAAAGUUGUAACUAAUCUUAUAGACUUUUUGAAUAACCUAGACUCAUUGUUUUCGUGACGAAAUUUUCGUAUUGAAUUCCUUAGCUUUGAUAUUGAUUUGAUAUUAUAAUAUAUCGUUUGUAUAUUGUUAUCCGCUACUGGGACUGCGUCAUUUACAUAAUAAUAUGUCUUUAUUACUUGUUCUCACUUUGGCAUAUUUUUCUUUUUAGACGUUUUAACAACUCGUCCAAUAUAAGAUCGAAUAUAUUAGUAGGUAUAGGUAUAUAGAUCUAGUGAAUCUCUAAACCUGGUUUGUAAUUUAUAUAGUCCAUGUGGUGAGACCGCUCCCGUCUGAAAAAAUUUCUGAUUCAGUUUCUUUGUGGAUUCAUAUUCAAAAAUGUCCCCUUUAAACAAAUCUGAAGGGUGGCGGGCCGAAUUUUUGGGCAGAAAUUGUUUAUCGAAAAUACGAAUUUUCGAGGCUUAAAAACUCCUAUUUAAAUUAGUAUUUUUGGGGUUGCCAAAUACUUAAACUGUAUUUUUUCAUAUAGUAUUUCAUAAUUUAAUAUAGUACAUUCAUUUUCAAGAUCCCGAAAAGUGAUCGGGUCUAACUUCAAUUUAGACCGUUGUUAUUUAAUUGUUAAUUAUGCAUGUCAGAUUUUUUUGCCGGUGCGGCGCACUCUAUUUCAACGAUCUGCUAUUUUCCGUCGAAAAAUAUUUUUUUAGAUUCUUUGGGACAUUAUAAAUAAAAAAAGUUUCUUGUCAUUUUUCUGAAAAGUUAAUAGUUUUAAAGUUAUAAGCGAUUAAAAUUCAAAAAUGCAUAUUUUCACAUUUUUUGGAUAUUAAAUCGCUUAUAACUUUAAAACUUUUGAGAAAAAUGACAGGAAACUUUUUUUAUUUAGAAUAACCCAAAGAAUGUAAAAAAAUAAAAAAAAAAUUUUUCGAAGGAAAAUAGCAGACUGUUGAAAUAGAGUGCGCCGCACCGGCAAAAAAAUCGGAUAGACAUGCAUAAUUAACACAUAAAUAACAACGUUCUAAAUUGAAGUUAGACCAGAUCACAUUUCAUGAUCUUGUAAAUGAAUUUUUAAACUACAAUCUAAGUACAUGGCAACCUUAAAAAUACUAAUUUGAAUAGGAGUUUUUAAGCCUCGAAAAUGUGUAUUUUCGCAUUUUCAGAUUUUAAAUCGCCUAGAACUCGAAAACUAUCAAUUUUUUAGAAAGAUCAGAAGAUGCCUUUCUUGUUUGGAAUACCCCAAACAACCUAAAAAAAUAUGUUCCUGGGCAAACAAAGGUGAUCUUUUGUAUUUGUUUAAAAAAUUGUUUAAACAAUUUCUGCCCAACAAUUCCGCCCGGCACCCUUCAGAUUUGUUUAAAGGGACAUUUUUGAAUAGGAAUCCACAAAGAAACCGAAUCAGAAAUUUUUUCAGACGGGAGCAAUCUCACCACAUGGACUAAUAGGUUCUGUAUAACAAUGAGAUGAAAAUUUGUGAUAAGCUUUAUUGCUUUGCAUUUUAUGAUUGCCAUUUUCUUAUUGUGUAAAAUGUAUUGAUUGUAUGAUUCUAAUACCCAAACCUUACAAUUAAUUUAUUUUUUGUUAGUAUAAAAAGUAAAAUAUCCUACCAGAAGAAUUAUUGAGUUAUGUCUAUAAGUUAAAAAAAGUACAAAAUAUUGUUAAAAAAUUGUUUACCAUUAGAGUCUAAGAAUAUAAGAAGUUGUUUUUAGAUAUUAGUAUUUUAUAGACUUCCUACUCGUGUUAUAUCAGACAUCUCGUAACGCGACAAUUCGUAACAGGACAAAUGGUAACAGACAAAUCGUAACAGCGACAGUUCGUAACGGUGACACUUCGUAACGGCGACAGUUCGUAACUAUACAAAUUCGUAACGGACAAUUCGUAACUUCAAAAUUGAAUUAUUCUGUUUAUUUUUGUGUUAACAUGGAAAUGGAAACUACAAAACGGUUAUUGCAGUUUUAAUUAUGUUUAUCGAUUUAACGAAUCGGUACCGGGAUAAACAUGUUUUUCUACAACCGUGUUAAAAAUGCAAUUUUUAGAACUCCAUACGAGCGUUAAAAAUGCUACUUUAAGGCACUAGUGCUUUAAAAAUUUUAUGGCACUGCAGUUCGUAUUGACCGUAUAGGCAAUUUUGAUGUAAUGUCAAAAAAAUAUAAAAAUGGAAUGUCAGUCAAGUUCAAGUAAAAGUUUUUGUAGAUAUUGUCCUGUAAUUACGUUUGUAGAAAAAAUAUUGUAUGUUAUGCGUGUUAAAAAGUACAUUUUUAAGGCACUCAUGUGAAUUGCAGAACUCGCUUCGCUCAUUCUGCAAACUUUCACAUGCGUACCUUAAACGUGUACUUUUAACACUUAUAUCAUAAAUAACUAUUAACACAUUUCAUAUUUCGUGUUUCAGAAGAUAUUAAAAAGUCUUUAAACACAAACAAAUAUUUAAGUACAUACACACUUUUAACAAUAUUUUUAAAAGUGUAUCCCUUUUAUUUUUCCUUAAAUUUGCAUAUACCUAGACAAAGGGAUAAUAAAAAAAUUAGUGAAAUCUUUAAGGAGACAACCGUCUUUAGACAUUCCCAAAUUUCUAAGUAAACUUUUUUGUAGGAAAGAUUAUAAUUACCUUAUCCUGAUACUGAUUCGUUAUUGAUAAACAUAAUUUCAUUUAUAACUAUAAUAACAGUUAGUUUCCACGUUAACAAAAAUAAACAGAAUAAUUCAAUUUGGACGUGACGAAUUGUCCGUUACUAAUUUGUAUAGUUACGAAAUGUCGCCGUUACGAAGUAUCGCCGUUACCAACUGUCCCUGUUACGAAUUGUCCAUUACCAUUUUGUCCUGUAACGAAUUGUCACGUUACGAGAUGUCAUGGAACCAUUAUUAUGUCUGGCUCUAUGUAGGUAUAUUUGUUUUGAUUGUAUAUACUUGUUUGUGCUCUAUGUGCUAUAGAAUAUAAUAAAUAUCUUUAUACAGUAAAA